UCUUUCAGUUUCCUGUUGAGUUUCCCUGUUUCAGGGACAGGAACUCCCAGCUCUGCUUCUCUCCCCCGCCCAUGAUAAUAACACGGACCGAGGGCAGGACACGAUUCUUGGAUUAAAGCCGUCCAAAGUCGGGACUUCCAGGGUCGCGAGAAGGAUAACUUCCCAGCUUUAUGGCGCUGUAGUCGGGUUAUAAAGGCACAAGUUUUCCCUGCAAACCAACAACUCCGGCAGCAUGACGACUGCAGUGACCUUAGAGGAUGCUCUCUCCAACGUGGACCUGCUGGAGGAGCUGCCGCUCCCCGACCAGCAGCCAUGCAUCGAGCCCCUCCCCUCCUCUGUCAUGUAUCAGCCCAACUUCAACACCAACUUUGAGGACAGGAACGCGUUCGUCACCGGCAUCGCUACGUACAUCGAGCAGGCCACCAUCCACUCCAGCAUGAACGACAUGCUGGAGGAGGGGCAGGAGUACGCCGUCAUGCUCUACACCUGGAGGAGCUGCUCACGUGCAAUACCGCAGGUGAAAUGCAACGAGCAGCCCAACAGAGUGGAGAUCUAUGAGAAGACUGUCGAGGUGCUGGAGCCUGAAGUCACCAAACUGAUGAACUUCAUGUACUUCCAGCGCACAGCCAUCGAUCGUUUCUGCGGCGAGGUCCGCCGUCUGUGUCACACCGAGCGCAGGAAGGACUUUGUCUCCGAGGCGUACCUGCUGACCCUCGGGAAGUUUAUCAACAUGUUUGCCGUGCUGGACGAGCUGAAGAACAUGAAGUGCAGCGUCAAAAACGACCACUCAGCGUACAAACGAGCUGCUCAGUUUCUCAGAAAGAUGUCGGAGCCUUCGUCCAUUCAGGAGUCUCAGAAUUUGUCCAUGUUUCUGGCUAAUCACAACAAAAUCACCCAGUCGUUGCAGCAGCAGCUGGAGGUGAUCCACGGAUAUGAAGAGCUGCUGGCGGACAUCGUGAACCUGUGUGCCGAUUACUACGAGAACAAGCUGUACCUCACUCCCAGUGAGAAACACAUGCUGCUCAAAGUGAUGGGCUUCGGCUUGUACCUCAUGGAUGGAAACAGCAGCAACAUCUACAAACUGGAUGCCAAGAAGAGAAUAAACCUGAGCAAGAUCGACAAAUUUUUCAAGCAACUCCAGGUGGUGCCGCUGUUUGGAGACAUGCAGAUUGAGUUGUCCCGGUACAUCAAGACCAGCGCUCACUUUGAAGAGAACAAGUCCAGGUGGACUUGCACGUCCAUAUCCAGCAGCCCUCAGUACAACAUCUGUGAGCAGAUGCUUCAGAUCCGAGACGAUCACAUGCGCUUCAUCUCCGAGCUUGCUCGCUACAGCAACAGUGAGGUGGUGACCGGGUCGGGGCGUCAGGAAGCCCAGAAGACUGACACUGAAUACAGGAAGCUGUUUGACUUGGCCCUGCAGGGCAUGCAGCUGCUCUCACAGUGGAGCGCUCACGUUAUGGAAGUGUAUUCUUGGAAACUGGUACAUCCCACAGACAAGUACUCCAAUAAAGAGUGUCCCGACAAUGCCGAGGAGUACGAGAGGGCCACCAGAUACAACUACACCAGCGAGGAGAAGUUUGCCCUCGUAGAGGUGAUUGCGAUGAUAAAGGGACUGCAGGUGCUGAUGGGACGCAUGGAGAGCGUGUUCAACCACGCCAUCCGUCACACCAUCUACUCAGCUCUGCAGGACUUUGCUCAGGUCACUCUGCGUGAUCCGCUGCGCCUCGCUAUCAAGAAGAAGAAAAAUGUCAUCCAGAGCGUCCUCCAGGCCAUCCGAAAGACGGUGUGCGAUUGGGAGACCGGCCGGGAGCCUCACAAUGACCCCGCCCUCCGUGGAGAAAAAGAUCCAAAGGGUGGCUUUGACAUUAAAGUCCCUCGCCGCGCCGUGGGGCCGUCCAGCACGCAGCUCUACAUGGUGAGGACCAUGCUGGAGUCACUCAUUGCUGAAAAAAGUGGCUCAAAGAAGACUCUGCGCAGCGGCCUGGAAGGCCCCACCAUCCUGGACAUCGAGAGAUUUCACCGCGAGUCCUUCUUUUACACUCACCUGCUGAACUUUAGCGAGACCUUGCAGCAGUGCUGCGAUCUCUCCCAGCUGUGGUUCAGAGAGUUCUUUCUGGAGCUCACCAUGGGUCGCAGGAUCCAGUUCCCCAUCGAGAUGUCCAUGCCCUGGAUCCUCACCGAUCACAUCCUGGAGACUAAGGAGGCUUCAAUGAUGGAGUAUGUCCUAUAUCCUCUGGAUUUGUACAACGACAGCGCACACUACGCCCUGACCAAAUUCAAGAAGCAGUUCCUCUACGAUGAAAUAGAGGCAGAGGUUAACCUGUGCUUUGAUCAGUUUGUCUACAAGCUUGCUGAUCAGAUAUUUGGGUACUACAAGAUUCUAGCUGGAAGUCUUCUGCUUGACAAACGGCUGAGAUCUGACUGCAAGAACCAAGGAGCCAACAUUCCCUGGCCGUCCUCUAACCGCUACGAGACUCUGUUGAAGCAACGCCACGUCCAGCUUCUAGGCCGCUCCAUCGAUCUCAACAGACUCAUCACUCAGAGGGUUUCUGCUGCUCUUUACAAAUCUAUGGAGCUGGCCAUCAGUCGCUUCGAGAGUGAGGAUCUCACCUCCAUCAUGGAGCUGGAAGGCCUUCUGGAGGUCAACCGCAUGACGCACAAGCUCCUGAGCAAGUUCUUGACUCUGGACAGCUUCGACGCCAUGUUUCGCGAAGCCAACCACAACGUGUCGGCCCCUUAUGGCAGGAUAACGCUGCACGUCUUCUGGGAGCUCAACUACGACUUCUUACCCAACUAUUGCUACAACGGGUCUACCAACAGGUUUGUGCGCACCAUCCUGCCCUUCUCUCAGGAGUUCCAGAGGGAUAAACCACCCAACGCUCAGCCUCAGUACCUGUACGGGUCAAAGACCCUGAACCUGGCCUAUAGCAGCACUUUUGGCACCUACAGAAACUUUCUGGGCCCCCCACACAUUAAGGUGAUGUGCAGACUGCUGGGCUACCAGGGCAUCGCUGUGGUGAUGGAGGAGCUGCUGAAGGUUGUCAAAAGCCUGCUUCAGGGCACCAUAAUGCAGUAUGUGAAGACCCUGAUGGAGGUGAUGCCCAAGAUUUGCAGACUUCCACGCUACGAGUACGGUUCCCCGGGUAUCCUGGAGUUCUUCCACCACCAGCUGAAGGACAUCGUUGAGUACGCUGAGCUCAAGACCGUGUGUUUCCAGAACCUGAGGGAGGUGGGCAACGCCAUGCUGUUCUGUCUGCUGAGUGAGCAGAGCCUGUCACAGGAAGAAGUUUGUGAUUUGCUGCAUGCUGCACCUUUCCAGAACAUUCUUCCCAGAGUCCAUGUCAAAGAGGGGGAGCGCCUCGACGCCAAGAUGAAGCGCUUGGAGGCCAAAUACACGGCGCUGCAUAUGGUUCCCCUGAUAGAACGCCUCGGCACACCACAGCAAAUAGCCAUCGCUCGUGAGGGCGACCUACUGACCAAAGAACGCCUGUGUUGCGGUCUGUCCAUGUUUGAGGUUAUCCUCACACGUGUGCGAGUCUUCCUGGACGACCCUGUGUGGCGUGGACCGUUGCCCAGCAACGGUGUGAUGCACGUGGACGAGUGUGUGGAGUUCCACCGCCUCUGGAGCGCCAUGCAGUUUGUGUACUGCAUUCCUGUGGGAGCCCACGAGUUCACAGUGGAGCAGUGCUUUGGAGACGGCCUCCACUGGGCAGGCUGCAUGAUCAUCGCCCUGCUGGGACAGCAGAGACGCUUUGACAUCCUCGACUUCAGCUACCACCUCCUCAAGGUGCAGAAGCAUGACGGGAAGGAUGAGAUCAUCAAGAGCGUGCCUCUAAAGAAGAUGGUGGACAGAAUCCGCAGAUUCCAAGUCCUCAACAACGAGAUCUUCGCCAUCCUGAACAAGUACAUGAAGUCUGGUGACGGCGAGAACAUGCCGGUCGAGCACGUGCGAUGCUUCCAGCCUCCGAUACACCAGUCGCUCGCCAGCAGCUGAGGCGGCCGUCGACACUGUGGACCAGCGUGAAGUUUCAAACACUGUCCGCAUCACCACAAAUAUCACCCUUUGGGUCUGAGGACCAUCAUGUGUCAGAAGUUGGGCCACUUUUUCUUUUUUGUAUUCAUUUGUGCCUUAUCAGAAAAGAAUAUUUCCCCUUUUUGGAUAUUCUUUGUUUUAUACUUGCAGACAGAAGUAGAUCAGAGAGAGGAAGUAGUUUUUAUCUGACGUAUUUAAGGGUUUGCGGUGGCGGGUGUUUGAGGGUGAGCAUUAAUCUAUUUUAAGUGUGGGUGAUGGUAAUUUUAUAUUUUCUACACUGUUCAACUUGCAUGCUAAACAUUUUAAGUGGAACUGAAGUAACAGAGCUCAUGCUCAUGUUCAGCAUUUAUUCACUGUGCCUUAUGUUUUAAUCAUUUAAUUCAAUAAAUAUGUAACAAAU